AUGGCUCUGGAUGUUGGUGGACUGGUGGCAGUGGUGGUCUUCUAUGUCCUGAUCCUGGCCAUAGGGAUCUGGGCCUCCAGGAAGUCCAAGAAGGAGGAGGAGAAAUGUGUGGGCAGCAAGAGUGAGGUCACCAUGGUAGGAGGACGCAAUAUCAACAUUUUGGUUGGGGUUUUCACUAUGACAGCGACGUGGGUUGGAGGCGGCUACAUCAUGGGCACUGCAGAGGCUGUCUACUCUCCCUCUCAAGGUCUCAUCUGGGCUUUGGGGCCGCUGGCUUAUCUUAUCACCUUCCUAUUGGCGGGGCUAUUUUUUGCUAAGCCAAUGAGAUCACAGCGCUACGUGACGAUGAUGGACCCGUUUCAGCGUCGCUAUGGAAACUCGAUCACCACGGCGUUGCUGCUUCCCGCACUGAUUAGUGACGUGCUCUGGGUGGCCUGCAUCCUUGCUGCCCUGGGAGGGACGAUGAGUGUGAUUCUGGGCUUGUCCUCGUCCUACUCCAUUGCUCUGUCUGCAGCAGUAGCCAUCACCUACACACUGAUGGGAGGGCUCUACUCUGUGGCCUACACAGACGUCAUCCAACUCUUCUUCAUAUUCAUCGCUCUGUGGCUCUGCGUUCCCUUUCUGGUUCUCAACCCAGCAUCCUCGGAGGUCACACUCGCAGCCUUUUUCAACCAAUCACAGCAGGCGCCCUUGAUGGGCGAACUGAAGUUGGAACAUGCUGGGAAAUGGAUAGAUGAGCUGCUUUUAUUGGCAUUGGGAGGCCUGUCCUACCAGGCUCUGUAUCAGCGUAUCCUCUCUGCAGCAUCGUCCACUCAGGCUCAGGUCACCUGCUUCGCUGCAGCCGGAAUAGUCGUCAUCAUGGGAGUACCCUCGGUCAUCAUAGGAGCAGUGGCAGCCUCCACAGACUGGAACCAGACGGCUUACGGCCUGCCCUCUCCGUUUGCCCGUGGGGAGGCAGGCAAGGUGCUGCCUCUGGCCCUGCACUACCUCACCCCUCCCUGGGUGUCUGUGGUGGGCAUCGGGGCCGUGGCUGCAGCUGUCAUGUCCUCCAUGGACUCUGCCCUCCUCUCCUCUGCAUCCAUGUUCACUCACAACAUCUACAAGAGCACUCUCAAGGCACAGGCGUCGGACAGGGAGUGUGUGUGGGUGAUCCGUGUCAGUGUGUUGCUGGUGGGUCUAGCUGGUACAGGCCUGGCGUUUGCUGAGGACAGUGUGUUUGCCUUCUGGCUGAUGAGUGGAGACCUCAUCUACUGCGUGGUCUUCCCCCAGCUGAUCUGUGUUCUUCACUGCCGCUGUGCUAAUGGCUACGGUGCUACCGCUGGUUACCUUGUGGCAGUCACUCUGAGGCUGCUGAGUGGAGAGCCUCUUCUCCGGCUUCCAACGGCCCUCCUGUUCCCUGGUUGGAGGGAGGAGGGAGGAGUCAUCCGCCAGUACUUCCCCUUCAGGACUCUGGUGAUGUUGUCGUCUCUGGUGUGUAUCCCCCUAGCCUCCAGCCUGGCCACCCUGGCCUUCAGCCACCGCCUGCUGCCCCGCUCCUGGGACCUGCUGGCCGCACUGGGGGAGGAGGAGGAGAGGGGAAAGGAGGGUGACGAUGGGAAACCUGCUGUCACCGAAAAGCUCCUGGCCACCUCCAGCACCAGCUGCUAGGAACAGAGGGAGGGAGGGGUACGGUGGGGGUCAAGCAG